UAUAGAUUUCCCUCUGCAUCACUGGUUUCCAUCAAGAUCUGCACAGAGGGGGCAGAACCUCAGAGGUUAGCACAGCCCACCACGCACACAUUCUCAGACUUUCUGCAUCAGUAAAACUAAAUAAUUGAUUGCCCACAGGUCUUGAUGAGGAGAAAGCAGCCUAGCUCAUCACUCUUUCAUUCUGCCAGCAGCCAUACAGAAUCAGAACCUAGGAACCUGCAAAGCACCCACACCCACCGGGGAGACACAGAAGAACCCUACCACCCCUCCUCACUCCCUUCCUCCUCGCUCUCACACUGUCUCCUGGAGCUCUGCUCUCAGUUUUAACAGGACGGCGCUGCACGUAGCCAGGCUCUGCGUCGCCUCUCAACAAGCCUGCUGCCUCUGAGGAGGAACUUCACCAAGCUCACACGCUCAGUCUCCUUUUCGUUCCUUUUCCACCGGGAUGCUGGAGCUCGGACCGAGAUGGAUGAGGCUGAUCUUUAUGUCGGUUGUGUGUCUGUGUCUCUGCCUGCCGGGGGAGUCGCACACCAAGAAAGCCCCGAAGGUACCUCGCUGCCCUGCGACCUGCUCCUGCACCAAAGACAGCGCUUUCUGCGUGGACACCAAGGCCAUCCCCAAGAGCUUCCCCCCAGGAAUCAUCUCUCUGACCAUGGUGAACACAGCAUUCACCACCAUCCCAGAGGGAGCUUUCUCACACCUCCACCUGCUGCAGUUCCUGCUCUUGAACUCCAACACAUUCACGAUGAUUGCCGACGAUGCUUUUGCUGGUCUGUCUCACCUGCAGUACCUAUUCAUCGAGAACAAUGACAUCCAGGAGCUGUCCAAGUAUACCUUUAGAGGACUCAAAUCGCUCACUCAUCUAUCCCUUUCAAACAACAACCUGCAGCAGCUGCCCAGAGAUCUUUUCAAACAUCUAGACAUCCUCACAGAUUUAGACCUGCGUGGGAACUCAUUCCGCUGCGACUGUAAGAUCAAGUGGCUGGUGGACUGGAUGGAGAAGACCAACACUUCAGUUCCAGCCAUCUACUGUGCCAGCCCCUUUGAAUUUCAGGGUCGCAGAAUCCGUGAUCUCACACCACGGGACUUCAACUGCAUCACAGCAGACUUUGCUGUGUACGAAACCUUCCCUUUCCACUCUGUGUCGGCGGAGUCCUAUGAGUUCAAUGGAGAUCAGUUUGUGGCCUUUGCUCAACCUGAUUCUGGAUUCUGUACGCUGUAUAUAUGGGAUCAUGUGGAGAUGAUCUUCAAAAGAUUUCAUAACAUCACUUCUCGCUCAGCUGUGUACUGCAAACCUGUGGUGAUAAACAACACUCUUUACAUGGUGGUGGCUCAACUUUUUGGCGGAUCUCACAUAUACAAGUGGGAGGAGGGCCCACAGCGCUUUAUAAAGAUCCAAGACAUUGACACCAAUCGGGUAAGGAAACCCAAUUUUGUGGACACCUUCCUGCUGGACGAAGAGUGGUACUUUAUUGUGGCAGACAGCUCCAAGGCGGGCUCCACCAGCAUCUAUCGCUGGAACAGCAAUGGGUUCUACUCCCAUCAGUCGCUCCACCCCUGGCACCGGGACACUCACGUGGAGUUCAUAGAUGUUGGUGGGAAGCCUCACCUCAUCCUGUCCAGCGCCUCACAGCCGCCGGUGGUUUACCAGUGGAACCGAAGCCAGAAGCAGUUUGUUUUCCAUUCCAUAAUCACAGAGCUCGCAGACGUUCAGAUGGUGAAGCACUUCUGGGUGAGGAAGGUCCUCUACCUCUGCCUCACACGUUUCAUUGGCGACUCCAAGAUCCUGCGCUGGGAGGGGCAGCGGUUUGUGGAGAUCCAGACUCUACCCUCUCGGGGUUCCAUGGCGGUGUACCCCUUCACGGUGGGCCCUCGCCAGUACCUCAUCCUGGGAAGUGAUUUCUCCUUCUCCAGAGUCUACCUGUGGGACGACCUCACUCAGCGCUUCCAGCCCUUCCAGGAGCUCAACAUGAGGGCCCCGAGGGCGUUCAGCCUGGUAUCCGUCGACAACAAGGACAUGCUGCUGGCCGCCAGCUUCAAAGGCAACACCCUGGCUUAUCAGCACCUGGUGGUGGAUCUCAGUGCCAAAUGAACAACAGGUGGCGUUCACCUUCUUAUUUAAAAUGUGCCAAUGAGACUGCAAAAAACGCUGAAGCCAUGUAACUGAAAGUCUGCUGUUUUCCUCCGAGGUCUUUAGUAAACCAACUAAUUAAAUGAUUGUUUAUGAACUUUUGCACUAUUACUUAAAAGCUAAUGGAAAUAAUAUGUUAGUUAACAGAGUUGUGGAACUGUUGAAUCACCGUUCUGUUCAAAGGAAUUAUGGCAAGAGAAUUGUUGAUAUUUAUUUUAUUUGUGUUGUAUUAACUAAUAUCUAAAUGACAUGCAUGUAAAUUCUAAGAAUUAUUUGGAUGAUCCAACCGGAUAUUGAAUAACUGAGAGGAAAACUAUACAUGUUUUGUACUCUGUGUGGUGAACUGAAAUCCAUUUUGCACGACACUGUAUAAAAACAAGCUUACCCACAAACA